CUCGAGCAGUUCACGCAGGGCAUUCUGGGUAGGUCAGGACGCCAUGUGCUUUUGAAGCCGCGGACCCAGAAGGAACCUGUGUGGUUUAAACUCGCCUCGUACUCUCCAGGACACCGGGACGAACGGCUCCAGCUCUCGGUCAGCAUGUACUGCUCCACACGCUGCCUCCGGACCGCGCUGCGGGUCGCGGCGAACACCCACCGGCAACACCUUCAGCGGCAGACCCCGGCUCUGUGUGCACUCAGACUUCUGAGGACCAGCCCGACCACCCACUCAGGCGCCAUCGCCGCCCCUCCGUUAGACGGAGCACCCAAACAUUAUUCCCCCAAAAUCGAGCAGCUCGUCAAUGACAUAGCCAGCCUCACUUUGUUAGAGGUGUCGGACCUCAACGAGCUCCUCAAGAAAACUCUGAACAUUCAGGAUGUUGGAAUGAUGCCGAUGGGGGCGUCAGCUAUGCCUUUGGCUCAGGCCGCAGAAGAGGAGGAAGUACCGGCCAAGAAAGAGAAAACUCACUUCACAGUCAAAUUGACGGAAUUAAAGGGGGCGGAAAAAGUCAAACUUAUAAAGGAAGUGAAGAACUGCAUUCAAGGCUUGAAUCUGGUUCAGGCUAAGAAACUAGUGGAGGCUCUUCCCCAGGAAAUCCGGGCAAACGUAUCCAAAGAAGAGGCCGAGAAACUGAAAGCGGCCCUGGAGGCGGCAGGCGGAACUGUGGUUUUAGAGUAGAUCUUCGUAGCCACCUUUUCACCAGUCUGCUGCUCCAGCACUUCGUCCUUCAUUUUAUUAUUUCAGUUCUUUUUCUUUUUUUUAACACGACAAACGAGAGAAAACAGAGAAAUGCCUUCUGACAUGAAUCCGGCCUCUCAGCAGCGUCAGGUGGGGCGGUGAGACUCAGACUGAACUUUCCAGGCACACAGCCUGCACAUGCGGCCGCCCCGCUGUUUGCUCGUCCAUGUGUCUGCUCAUGUGUCUGUCUGAUACCGGUGUAGCGAACAAGCUACUGAAACAGUGGCCUGGGUGCCAAGUAAGUCGGUUGAUCAUUGUGUGUGCGAGUGACUUAAACUCCUCACAGAAGGAGAGAUGAUGCUGUAGGGACAUGGUUACCAUUCCCUAUGUUAAAGAACAACAGAUACUGUAUCUAGCUCAACGGAUGCCGGGGCUCAGUCUGUAUAUUGCUCAUAGAAUUGUUAAUAAUGUGAUUAAAGUUGAAAUCUUCAUGUUU